UCAUAAAAGAAGUUAAAAAUAAAAGAGAUGUGUAUGCUGAAGUUGUUUGGAAUUCUAGUUUUGAAACAAAUGAAAGUGACACAUGGAGUGUAACAUCCGGUAAUCAGCCAUUUCAAAGAGUAUUAUACUCAAAUUUAAAUGGUAUACCUGUUCAAAGUAAACUUUGGGCAUUGUCAGCUGUAGGUGUAAAUAAUCAGCUGUUGCUACCACAAGUGACAUACUAUGGUGGAAGUGUUGACGUUAGUUUUUAUGCUUAUGCAGUUCAAUCUUCAAGCGAUAUAAUUGCAACAAUCCAGUUCUUAGAUUCAAAUUUUAUUCUAAUUCAAUCCAACAGUCUCAGUUUAACAAUAAAUUCUUGGAAUUAUUAUGCCGUUUCUCUGCCAAGUAAUCAACUACUAAACUCAGCAUUUUCAGUGUCUUUUAUGUAUAGUGGUGAUAGUCUAAUAUACAUAGACUCUGUUUUGAUAAAAAUUGAAGGUAUCCUUGCAAGUUGCUUUUCAAUAACAUCAUUAAACAAUUGUGAAUUUACUUUAUCAGACUUUAAUACAAGAGGAUGGAAGUUUUCAACCUCUAGUUUAACUUGGAAUAAUAGUCCUGGAUACAGCAUGGCAACAAAAAGUUUUUUAUAUCUUGGAGGUUUAUUAAAAGGAUCAAUUGGUGUCACUUCAAACCAGUACGUUCAGCUAACUGUUACAAUUCCAGGAACAUCAUUUAGAAAGAUAGUUACUACUAUUUCUGAUUCAUUUGAUUUGACAGCCUCAACUCAGUAUACAGUUGGACAAACUUAUACGAUUGAAAUUACAUCUGCAACUCCAGCAGUUACAUCUACUCUGAAAUAUUUUAACUUAUAUGUCGGUGGUAACUGCAACUCUUGUAAUGCCAAUCUUAGAUGUAUUUCACUACCAAAUGGAGUCUCUUGUUUUUGUGACCCAAAAACAUCUUGCACAGGGCUUAAUCAACAAUGCAUUGUUUCAACAAAUAAUACAUCAGCAAAUCCAUGCAGUUGUUUGCCUGGUUACACUCUUGAUGAUAAUGGAAACUGUGUUUAUACAGCAACAGAAGAUACAACAACUAAAUCAACAACAAGUUCUACCGUUACUUCAUCUACUUCUACUGACACCCCAUCAACCCCGACGACUGACACAUCGACAACUUCAACAGAAUCAGCAACAAGUUCUACAAAUACUUCAUCUACUUCUACUAACACCCCAUCGACCCCGACAACUGACACAUCCACAACUUCAACAGAAUCAACAACCAGUUCUACCGUUACUUCAUCUACUUCUACUGACACCCCAUCAACCCCGACAACUGACACAUCGACAACUUCAACAGAAUCAACAACAAGUUCUACCAAUACUUCAUCUACUUCUACUGACACCCCAUCAACCCCGACAACUGACACAUCCACAACUUCAACAGAAUCAACAACAAGUUCUACCAUUACUUCAUCUUCUUCUACUGACACUUCAUCAACCCUGACAACUAACACAUUGACAACUUCAACAGAAUCAACAACAAGUUCUACCGAUACUUCAACUACUUCUCCUGACACCCCAUCAACCCCAACAACUGACACAUCAACAACUUCAACAGAAUCAACAACAAGUUCUACCGUUACUUCAUCUACUUUUACUAACACUUCAUCAACCCCGACAACUGACACAUCGACAACUUCAACAGAAUCAACAACAAGUUCUACCGAUACUUCAUCUACUUCUCCUGACAACCCAUCAACCUCGACAACUGACACAUCAACAACUUCAACAGAAUCAACAACAAGUUCUACCGUUACUUCAUCUACUUUUACUAACACUUCAUCAACCCCGACAACUGACACAUCGACAACUUCAACAGAAUCAACAACAAGUUCUACCGAUACUUCAUCUACUUCUCCUGACACCCCAUCAACCUCGACAACUGACGCAUCAACAACUUCAACAGAAUCAACAACAAGUUCUACUGUUACUUCAUCUACUUUUACUGACACUUCAUCAACCCCGACAACUGACACAUCGACAACCUCAACAGAAUCAACAACAAGUUCUACCGAUACUUCAUCUACUUCUACUGACACCCCAUCAACCCCGACGACUGACACAUCGACAACUUCAACAGAAUCAGCAACAAGUUCUACCAAUACUUCAUCUACUUCUACUGACACCCCAUCGACCCCGACAACUGACACAUCCACAACUUCAACAGAAUCAACAACCAGUUCUACCGUUACUUCAUCUACUUCCACUGACACCCCAUCAACCCCGACAACUGACACAUCCACAACUUCAACAGAAUCAACAACAAGUUUUACCAAUACUUCAUCUACUUCUACUGACACCCCAUCAACCCCGACAACUGACACAUCCACAACUUCAACAGAAUCAACAACAAUUUCUACCGUUACUUCAUCUUCUUCUACUGACACUUCAUCAACCCCGACAACUAACACAUUGACAACUUCAACAGAAUCAACAACAAGUUCUAUCGAUACUUCAUCUACUUCUCCUGACACCCCAUCAACUCCAACAACUGACACAUCAACAACUUCAACAGAAUCAACAACAAGUUCUACCGUUACUUCAUCUACUUUUACUAACACUUCAUCAACCCCGACAACUGACACAUCCACAACUUCAACAGAAUCAACAACAAGUUCUACCGAUACUUCAUCUACUUCUCCUGACACCCCAUCAACCUCGACAACUGACACAUCAACAACUUCAACAGAAUCAACAACAAGUUCUACCGUUACUUCAUCUUCUUUUACUAACACUUCAUCAACCCCGACAACUGACACAUCGACAACUUCAACAGAAUCAACAACAAGUUCUACCGAUACUUCAUCUACUUCUCCUGACACCCCAUCAACCUCGACAACUGACACAUCAACAACUUCAACAGAAUCAACAACAAGUUCUACCGAUACUUCAUCUACUUCUACUGACACCCCAUCAACCCCGACGACUGACACAUCGACAACUUCAACAGAAUCAGCAACAAGUUCUACCGAUACUUCAUCUACUUCUACUGACACCCCAUCAACCCCGACAACUGACACAUCCACAACUUCAACAGAAUCAACAACAAGUUCUACCGUUACUUCAUCUUCUUCUACUGACACUUCAUCAACCCCGAAAACUAACACAUUGACAACUUCAACAGAAUCAACAACAAGUUCUAUCGAUACUUCAUCUACUUCUCCUGACACCCCAUCAACCCCAACAACUAACACAUCAACAACUUCAACAGAAUCAACAACAAGUUCUACCGUUACUUCAUCUACUUUUCCUAACACUUCAUCAACCCCGACAACUGACACAUCGACAACUUCAACAGAAUCAACAACAAGUUCUACCGAUACUUCAUCUACUUCUCCUGACACCCCAUCAACCUCGACAACUGACACAUCAACAACUUCAACAGAAUCAACAACAAGUUCUACCGUUACUUCAUCUACUUUUACUAACACUUCAUCAACCCCGACAACUGACACAUCGACAACUUCAACAGAAUCAACGACCAGAUCUACCGUUACUUCAUCUACUUCUACUGACAACCCAUCAACCCCGACAACUGACACAUCGACAACUUCAACAGAAUCAACAACAAGUUCUACCAAUACUUCAUCUACUUCUACUGACACCCCAUCAACCCCGACAACUGACACAUCCACAACUUCAACAGAAUCAACAACAAGUUCUACCGAUACUUCAUCUUCUUCUACUGACACUUCAUCAACCCCGACAACUAACACAUUGACAACUUCAACAGAAUCAACAACAAGUUCUAUCGAUACUUCAUCUACUUCUCCUGACACCCCAUCAACCCCAACAACUGACACAUCAACAACUUCAACAGAAUCAACAACAAGUUCUACCGUUACUUCAUCUACUUUUACUAACACUUCAUCAACCCCGACAACUGACACAUCGACAACUUCAACAGAAUCAACAACAAGUUCUAUCGAUACUUCAUCUACUUCUCCUGACACCCCAUCAACCCCAACAACUGACACAUCAACAACUUCAACAGAAUCAACAACAAGUUCUACCGUUACUUCAUCUACUUUUACUAACACUUCAUCAACCCCGACAACUGACACAUCCACAACUUCAACAGAAUCAACAACAAGUUCUACCGAUACUUCAUCUACUUCUCCUGACACCCCAUCAACCUCGACAACUGACACAUCAACAACUUCAACAGAAUCAACAACAAGUUCUACCGUUACUUCAUCUACUUUUACUAACACUUUAUCAACUCCGACAACUGACACAUCGACAACUUCAACAGAAACAACAACAAGUUCUACCGAUACUUCAUCUACUUCUCCUGACACCCCAUCAACCUCGACAACUGACACAUCAACAACUUCAACAGAAUCAACAACAAGUUCUACCGAUACUUCAUCUACUUCUACUGACACCCCAUCAACCCCGACGACUGACACAUCAACCCCGACAACUGACACAUCGACAACAUCAACAGAAUCAACAACAAGUUCUACCGAUACUUCAUCUACUUCUCCUGACACCCCAUCAACCUCGACAACUGACACCUCAACAACUUCAACAGAAUCAACAACAAGUUCUACCGUUACAUCAUCUACUUUUACUGACACUUCAUCAACCCCGACAACUGACACAUCGACAACCUCAACAGAAUCAACAACAAGUUCUACCGAUACUUCAUCUACUUCUACUGACACCCCAUCAACCCCGACAACUGACACAUCUACAACUUCAACCGAAUCAACAACAAGUUCUACCGUUACUUCAUCUACUUCUACUGACACUUCAUCAACCCCGACAACUGACACAUCGACAACCUUAACAGAAUCAACAACAAGUUCUACUGAUACUUCAUCUACUUCUACUGACACCCCAUCAACCCCGACAACUGACACAUCCACAACUUCAUCAGAAUCAACAACAAGUUCUACCGAUACUUCAUCUACUUCUACUGACACCCCAUCAACCCCGACAACUGACACAUCCACAACUUCAACAGAAUCAACAACAAGUUCUACCGAUACUUCAUCUUCUUCUACUGACACUUCAUCAACCCCGACAACUAACACAUUGACAACUUCAACAGAAUCAACAACAAGUUCUAUCGAUACUUCAUCUACUUCUCCUGACACCCCAUCAACCCCAACAACUGACACAUCAACAACUUCAACAGAAUCAACAACAAGUUCUACCAUUACUUCAUCUACUUUUACUAACACUUCAUCAACCCCGACAACUGACACAUCGACAACUUCAACAGAAUCAACAACAAGUUCUAUCGAUACUUCAUCUACUUCUCCUGACACCCCAUCAACCCCAACAACUGACACAUCAACAACUUCAACAGAAUCAACAACAAGUUCUACCGUUACUUCAUCUACUUUUACUAACACUUCAUCAACCCCGACAACUGACACAUCGACAACUUCAACAGAAUCAACAACAAGUUCUACCGAUACUUCAUCUACUUCUCCUGACACCCCAUCAACCUCGACAACUGACACAUCAACAACUUCAACAGAAUCAACAACAAGUUCUACCGUUACUUUAUCUACUUUUACUAACACUUUAUCAACUCCGACAACUGACACAUCGACAACUUCAACAGAAACAACAACAAGUUCUACCGAUACUUCAUCUACUUCUCCUGACACCCCAUCAACCUCGACAACUGACACAUCAACAACUUCAACAGAAUCAACAACAAGUUCUACCGAUACUUCAUCUACUUCUACUGACACCCCAUCAACCCCGACGACUGACACAUCAACCCCGACAACUGACACAUCGACAACUUCAACAGAAUCAACAACAAGUUCUACUGAUACUUCAUCUACUUCUCCUGACACCCCAUCAACCUCGACAACUGACACCUCAACAACUUCAACAGAAUCAACAACAAGUUCUACCGUUACAUCAUCUACUUUUACUGACACUUCAUCAACCCCAACAACUGACACAUCGACAACCUCAACAGAAUCAACAACAAGUUCUACCGAUACUUCAUCUACUUCUACUGACACCCCAUCAACCCCGACAACUGACACAUCUACAACUUCAACCGAAUCAACAACAAGUUCUACCGUUACUUCAUCUACUUCUACUGACACUUCAUCAACCCCGACAACUGACACAUCGACAACCUUAACAGAAUCAACAACAAGUUCUACUGAUACUUCAUCUACUUCUACUGACACCCCAUCAACCCCGACAACUGACCUAUCCACAACUUCAUCAGAAUCAACAACAAGUUCUACCGAUACUUCAUCUACUUCUACUGACACCCCAUCAACCCCGACAACUGACACAUCCACAACUUCAACAGAAUCAACAACAAGUUCUACCGUUACUUCAUCUACUUCUACUAACACCCUAUCAACCCCGAUAACUGACACAUCGACAAUUUCAACAGAAUCAACAACAAGUUCUACCGAUACUUCACCUACUUCUACUGACACCCCAUCAACCCCGACAACUGACACAUCGUCAACUUCAACAGAAUUAACAACAAGUUCAAUCGAUACUUCAUCUACUUUUACUGACACUUCAUCAAACCCGACAACUGACACAUCGACAACCUCAACAGAAUCAACAACAAGUUCUACUGAUACUUCAUCUACUUCUACUAACACCUUAUCAACCCCGACAACUGACACAUCCACAACUUCAACCGAAUCAACAACAAGUUCUACCGUUACUUCAUCUACUUCUACUGACACUUCAUCAACCCCGACACCUGACGCAUUGACAACCUUAACAGAAUCAACAACAAGUUCUACUGAUACUUCAUCUACUUCUACUGACACCCCAUCAACCCCGACAACUGACACAUCCACAACUUCAUCAGAAUCAACAACAAGUUCUACCGAUUUUUCAUCUACUUCUACUGACACCCCAUCAACCCCAACAACUGACACAUCCACAACUUCAACCGAAUCAACAACAAGUUCUACCGUUACUUCAUCUACUUCUACUGACACUUUAUCAACCCUGACAACUGACACAUCGACAACUUCAACAGAAUCAACAACAAGUUCUACCGAUACUUCAUCUACUUCUACUGACACCCUAUCAACCCCAACAACUGACACAUCCACAACUUCAACCGAAUCAACAACAAGUUCUACCGUUACUUCAUCUACUUCUACUGACACUUCAUCAACCCUGACAACUGACACAUCGACAACUUCAACAGAAUCAAUAACAAGUUCUACCGAUACUUCAUCUACUUCUCCAGACACCCCAUCAACCUCGACAACUGACACAUUAACAACUUCAACAGAAUCAACAACAAGUUCUACCGAUACUUCAUCUACUUCUACUGACACCCCAUCAACCCUGACAACUGACACAUCCACAACUUCAACCGAAUCAACAACAAGUUCUACCGUUACUUCAUCUACUUCUACUGACACUUUAUCAACCCUGACAACUGACACAUCGACAACUUCAACAGAAUCAACAACAAGUUCUACCGAUACUUCAUCUACUUCUCCAGACACCUCAUCAACCUCGACAACUGACACAUCAACAACUUCAACAGAAUCAUCAACAAGUUCUACCAUUACUUCAUCUACUUUUACUAACACUUUAUCAACCCCGACAACUGACACAUUGACAACUUCAACAGAAUUAACAACAAGUUCUACCGAUACUUCAUCUACUUCUCCAGACACCCCAUCAACCUCGACAACUGACACAUCAACAACUUCAACAGAAUCAACAACAAGUUCUACUGAUACUUCAUCUACUUCUACUGACACCCCAUCAACCCUGACAACUGACACAUCCACAACUUCAACAGAAUCAACAACCAGUUCUACCGUUACUUCAUCUACUUCUACUGACACCCCAUCAACCCUGACAACUGACACAUCCACAACUUCAACCGAAUCAACAACAAGUUCUACCGUUACUUCAUCUUCUUCUACUGACACUUCAUCAACCCCGACAACUGACACAUCGACAACCUUAACAGAAUCAACAACAAGUUCUACUGAUACUUCAUCUACUUCUACUGACACCCCAUCAACCCCGACAACUGACACAUCCACAACUUCAUCAGAAUCAACAACAAGUUCUACCGAUACUUCAUCUACUUCUACUGACACCCCAUCAACCCCGACAACUGACACAUCAACCCCGACAACUGAUACAUCGACAACCUCAACAGAGUCAACAACAAGUUCUACCGUUACUUCAUCUACUUCUACUGACACUUCAUCAACCCCGACAACUGACACAUCGACAACCUCAACAGAAUCAACAACAAGUUCUACCGAUACUUCAUCUACUUCUACUGACACCCUAUCAACCCCAACAACUGACACAUCUACAACUUCAUCCGAAUCAACAACAAGUUCUACCGUUACUUCAUCUACUUCUACUGACACUUCAUCAACCCUGACAACUGACACAUCGACAACUUCAACAGAAUCAAUAACAAGUUCUACCGAUACUUCAUCUACUUCUCCAGACACCCCAUCAACCUCGACAACUGACACAUUAACAACUUCAACAGAAUCAACAACAAGUUCUACCGAUACUUCAUCUACUUCUACUGACACCCCAUCAACCCUGACAACUGACACAUCAACCCCGACAACUGACACAUCGACAACCUUAACAGAAUCAACAACAAGUUCUACUGAUACUUCAUCUACUUCUACUGACACCCCAUCAACUCCGACAACUGACACAUCCACAACUUUAACAGAAUCAACAACCAGUUCUACCGUUACUUCAUCUACUUCUACUAACACCCCAUCGACCCCGACAACUGACACAUCCACAACUUCAACAGAAUCAACAACCAGUUCUACGGUUACUUCAUCUACUUCUACUGACACCCCAUCAACCCCGACAACUGACACAUCUACAACUUCAACAGAAUCAACAACAAGUUCUACCAAUACUUCAUCUACUUCUACUGACACCUCAUCAACCCCGACAACUGACACAUCUACAACUUCAACAGAAUUAACAACAAGUUCUACCUUUACUUCAUCUACUUCUACUGACACCCCUUCAACCCCGACAACUGACACAUUGACAACUUCAACAGAAUCAACAACAAGUUCUAUCGAUACUUCAUCUACUUCUCCUGACACCCCAUCAACCCCAACAACUGACACAUCAACAACUUCAACAGAAUCAACAACAAGUUCUACCGUUACUUCAUCUACUUUUACUAACACUUCAUUAACCCCGACAACUGACACAUCAACAACUUCAACAGAAUCAACAACAAGUUCUACCGAUACUUCAUCUACUUCUACCGAUACUUCAUCUACUUCUACUGACACCCCAUCAACCCUAACAACUGACACAUCCACAACUUCAACCGAAUCAACAACAAGUUCUACCGUUACUUCAUCUACUUCUACUGACACUUCAUCAACCCCGACAACUGACACAUCGACAACCUUAACAGAAUCAACAACAAGUUCUACUGAUACUUCAUCUACUUCUCCAGACACCCCAUCAACCUCGACAACUGACACAUUAACAACUUCAACAGAAUCAACAACAAUUUCUACCGAUACUUCAUCUACUUCUACUGACACCCCAUCAACCCUGACAACUGACACAUCCACAACUUCAACCGAAUCAACAACAAGUUCUACCGUUACUUCAUCUACUUCUACUGACACUUUAUCAACCCUGACAACUGACACAUCGACAACUUCAACAGAAUCAACAACAAUUUCUACCGAUACUUCAUCUACUUCUACAGACACCCCAUCAACCUCGACAACUGACACAUCAACAACUUCAACAGAAUCAUCAACAAGUUCUACCAUUACUUCAUCUACUUUUACUAACACUUUAUCAACCCCGACAACUGACACAUUGACAACUUCAACAGAAUUAACAACAAGUUCUACCGAUACUUCAUCUACUUCUCCAGACACCCCAUCAACCUCGACAACUGACACAUCAACAACUUCAACAGAAUCAACAACAAGUUCUACUGAUACUUCAUCUACUUCUACUGACACCCCAUCAACCCUGACAACUGACACAUCCACAACUUCAACAGAAUCAACAACCAGUUCUACCGUUACUUCAUCUACUUCUACUGACACCCCAUCAACCCUGACAACUGACACAUCCACAACUUCAACCGAAUCAACAACAAGUUCUACCGUUACUUCAUCUACUUCUACUGACACUUUAUCAACCCCGACAACUGACACAUCGACAACCUUAACAGAAUCAACAACAAGUUCUACUGAUACUUCAUCUACUUCUACUGACACCCCAUCAACCCCGACAACUGACACAUCCACAACUUCAUCAGAAUCAACAACAAGUUCUACCGAUACUUCAUCUACUUCUACUGACACCCCAUCAACCCCGACAACUGACACAUCCACAACUUCAACAGAAUCAACCCCGACAACUGACACAUCGACAACCUCAACAGAGUCAACAACAUGUUCUACCGUUACUUCAUCUACUUCUACUGACACUUCAUCAACCCCGACAACUGACACAUCGACAACCUCAACAGAAUCAACAACAAGUUCUACCGAUACUUCAUCUACUUCUACUGACACCCUAUCAACCCCAACAACUGACACAUCUACAACUUCAACCGAAUCAACAACAAGUUCUACCGUUACUUCAUCUACUUCUACUGACACUUCAUCAACCCUGACAACUGACACAUCGACAACUUCAACAGAAUCAAUAACAAGUUCUACCGAUACUUCAUCUACUUCUCCAGACACCCCAUCAACCUCGACAACUGACACAUUAACAACUUCAACAGAAUCAACAACAAGUUCUACCGAUACUUCAUCUACUUCUACUGACACCCCAUCAACCCUGACAACUGACACAUCAACCCCGACAACUGACACAUCGACAACCUUAACAGAAUCAACAACAAGUUCUACCGAUACUUCAUCUACUUCUACUGACACCCCAUCAACCCCGACAACUGACACAUCCACAACUUCAAUAGAAUCAACAACCUGUUCUACCGUUACUUCAUCUACUUCUACUAACACUCUAUCAACCCCGACAACUGACACAUCGACAAUUUCAACAGAAUCAACAACAAGUUCUACCGAUACUUCACCUACUUCUACUGACACCCCAUCUACCCCGACAACUGACACAUCGUCAACUUCAACAGAAUUAACAACAAGUUCAAUCGAUACUUCAUCAACUUUUACUGACACUUCAUCAACCCCGACAACUGACACAUCGACAACCUCAACAGAGUCAACAACAUGUUCUACCGUUAUUUCAUCUACUUCUACUGACACUUCAUCAACCUUGACAACUGACACAUUGACAACCUCAACAGAAUCAACAACAAGUUCUACCGAUACUUCAUCUACUUCUACUGACACUUCAUCAACCCUGACAACUGACACAUCGACAACUUCAACAGAACCAACAACAAGUUCUACCGAUACUUCAUCUACUUCUCCAGACACCCCAUCAACCUCGACAACUGACACAUCAACAACUUCAACAGAAUCAACAACAAGUUCUACCGAUACUUCAUCUACUUCUACUGACACCCCAUCAACCCCGACAACUGGCACAUCCACAACUUCAACAGAAUCAACAACCAGUUCUACCGUUACUUCAUCUAUUUCUACUAACACCCCAUCGACCCCGACAACUGACACAUCCCCAACUUCAACAGAAUCAACAACCAGUUCUACCGUUACUUCAUCUACUUCUACUGACACCCCAUCAACCCCGACAACUGACACAUCAACAACUUCAACAGAAUCAACAACAAGUUCUACCGAUACUUCAUCUACUUCUACUGACACCCCAUCAACUCCGACAACUGACACAUCCACAACUUUAACAGAAUCAACAACCAGUUCUACCGUUACUUCAUCUACUUCUACUAACACCCCAUCGACCCCGACAACUGACACAUCCACAACUUCAACAGAAUCAACAACCAGUUAUACGGUUACUUCAUCUACUUCUACUGACACCCCAUCAACCUCGACAACUGACACAUCUACAACUUCAACAGAAUCAACAACAAGUUCUACCAAUACUUCAUCUACUUCUACUGACACCCCAUCAACCCCGACAACUGACACAUCAACCCCGACAACUGACACAUCGACAACUUCAAUAGAAUCAACAACAAGUUCUACCGAUACUUUGUCUACUUCUCCUGACACCCCAUCAACCUCGACAACUGACACAUCAACAACUUCAACAGAAUCAACAACAAGUUCUACCAUUACUUCAUCUACUUUUACUAACACUUCAUCAACCCCGACAACUGACACAUCGACAACUUCAACAGAAUCAACAACAAGUUCUACCGAUACUUCAUCUACUUCUCCAGACACCCCAUUAACCUCGACAACUGACACAUCAACAACUUCAACAGAAUCAACAACAAGUUCUACCGAUACUUCAUCUACUUCUACUGACACCCCAUCAACUCCGACAACUGACACAUCAACCCCGACAACUGACACAUCUACAACUUCAACAGAAUCAACAACAAGUUCUACCAAUACUUCAUCUACUUCUACUGAUACCCCAUCAACCCCGACAACUGACACAUCCACAACUUCAACAGAAUUAACAACAAGUUCUACCGUAAACUCAUCUACUUUUACUUACACUUCAUCAACCCCGACAACUGACACAUCGACAACUUCAAUAGAAUCAACAACAAGUUCUACUGAUACUUCAUAUACUUCUACUGACACCCCAUCAACUCCGACAACUGACACAUCCACAACUUCAUCAGAAUCAACAACAAGUUCUACCGUAACCUCAUCUACUUUUACUUACACUUCAUCAACCCCGACAACUGACACAUCGACAACUUCAAUAGAAUCAACAACAAGUUCUACCGAUACUUUGUCUACUUCUCCUGACACCCCAUCAACCUCGACAACUGACACAUCAACAACUUCAACAGAAUCAACAACAAGUUCUACCAUUACUUCAUCUACUUUUACUAACACUUCAUCAACCCCGACAACUGACACAUCGACAACUUCAACAGAAUCAACAACAAGUUCUACCGAUACUUCAUCUACUUCUCCAGACACCCCAUCAACCUCGACAACUGACACAUCAACAACUUCAACAGAAUCAUAAACAAGUUCUACCGAUACUUCAUCUACUUCUACUGAUACCCCAUCAACCCCGACAACUGACACAUC